CCCUGGCGUCGAUACGUGGUCGGGUAUUUCGCCUCACAGAAGAUUCUGAAUCUGCAUUCAUCUUUCUCACCACUCACCAGCCAUCUGCAAAAUAUCCCAUAAAUUUAUCAUAUAAAAUUUAGUUCCUUCCCUACUGAGCCACCUGUGCUCUCUCUACUCUCGACUCUCCCGUACUCUUCUCACUUAGUUAACAAUAUAUAACAUAACAUGUUUCUUCUGCUCCCGCCAUUUCCAACUCGUUUCCCUUCUCUUCACUUAUCUUAUCCAAUACACCACAACCACUAUCUCUUCCAACCGCCACUUUCCGUUACUUCCGUCACCGCCCUUGCCACCACCGUUAACGAAUCCUCUCUUUCCGUUUCCAUUUCCUCAAGACAAAUUAACGACUACGACGAAGAAGAAAGCGAAAGCGAACACGAAAACCACAUCCAUAACCGCCGCUACGACUUCACUCCACUCCUCAACUACCUCUCCAAAUACUCAAACUCCGUUUUGGUUUCGGACUCGGACCCUCCAACUUCACUCGACCCGACCGAAUUCAAGCUCGCCGAAACUUACCGGGCCGUACCGGCUCCACUCUGGCACUCACUCCUCAAAUCUCUCUGCUCCUCCUCUUCCUCCUCCUCCAUCGGACUCGCGUACGCCGUCGUUUCAUGGCUCCGAAAACACAACCUCUGCUUUUCCUACGAGCUCCUCUACUCGAUUCUCAUCCACGCGCUCGGUCGCUCCGAAAAGCUCUACGAAGCGUUCUUACUCUCUCAGAAACAAACCCUAACUCCGCUAACCUACAACGCGCUAAUCGGCGCGUGCGCUCGCAACGACGACCUCGAGAAGGCUCUCAAUCUAAUGUCUCGGAUGCGCCAAGACGGUUUCCCAUCCGAUUUCGUUAACUACAGCUUGAUAAUUCAGUCCCUCACGCGCACGAACAGGGCCGAUUCUCCGAUCUUGCAAAAGCUUUACAGAGAGCUCGAAUGCGAUAAGAUUGAGCUCGAUUGUCAGCUUAUAAACGAUAUCAUCGUCGGUUUUGCUAAAGCCGGUGACCUUACCAAUGCUAUGCACUUUCUAGCUAUGGCUCAAGGCAGCGGAUUGAGUGCGAAAACCGCAACUCUCGUUGCGGUUAUAUCCGCAUUGGGGAAUUCAGGUCGAACCGUCGAGGCCGAGGCGAUUUUCGAAGAAAUUAGAGAUUCUGGAUUGAAACCGAGGACUAAGGCUUACAAUGCGCUUCUUAAAGCGUAUGUGAAAGCCGGUUCGUUGAAAGACGCGGAAUCGAUUGUUUUGGAGAUGGAGAAGAGUGGAGUUUUGGCUGAUGAACACACAUAUAGUCUUCUUAUCGAUGCUUAUGCGAAUGCAGGACGAUGGGAAAGUGCGAGGAAUAUAUUGAAAGAAAUGAAAGGAAGCAAUGUACAGCCUAGUUCGUUCUUGUUUGGUAGGAUUUUAGCGAGCUAUAGAGAUAGAGGGGAAUGGCAAAGAUCGUUUCAGGUUUUGAAGGAAAUGAAGAGUAGCGGAGUAAGGCCUGAUAGGCAUUUUUACAAUGUGAUGAUUGAUACAUUUGGAAAGUACAAUUGUCUUGAUCAUGCUAUGUCCACGUUUGAACAGAUGUUAUCGGAGGGGAUUGAGCCCGAUAAUGUUACGUGGAACACUCUUAUUGAUUGUCAUUGUAAGUCGGGACACCACGAUAGGGCAGAGGAGUUGUUUGAGGAAAUGCAGGAGAAAGGGUAUAAGCCGUGUACUACUACGUAUAAUAUUAUGAUCAAUUGUUUUGGGGAGCAGCAGAGGUGGAAGGAUGUGAAGGGCUUGUUUGGGAGGAUGCAGAGUCAGGGGUUAUUGCCUAAUGUGGUUACAUACACGACAUUGGUUGAUAUUUAUGGAAAGUCGGGGAGGUUUGAUGAUGCGAUUGAGUGCUUGGAUGUUAUGAAGUCUGCGGGGUUGAAGCCGCCUUCCACAAUGUACAACGCCUUGAUUAAUGCCUAUGCGCAGAAGGGUUUGUCUGAGGAAGCAAUAAAUGCGUUUAGGGUAAUGAGAGCAGAUGGCCUGAUGCCCAGUCUUUUAGCUCUCAAUUCAUUAAUUAAUGCAUUUGGUGAGGAUAGAAGAGAUGCUGAAGCCUUUGCUGUGUUGCAAUACAUGAAGGAAAAUAACUUGAAACCAGAUGUGAUCACAUAUACUACGCUUAUGAAAGCUCUGAUUCGUGUUGAUAAAUUCUUUAAGGUUCCAGCUGUGUAUGAAGAAAUGAUUUCGUCCGGGUGCACUCCGGAUGGAAAAGCUAAAGCAAUGUUACGGUCUGCUCUGAGAUACACGAAGCAGGCACUGAAAUUAUAGUUGAUGGGCCUCACAGCCAAAGCAAAGUACAGGACUAUUGUAUUUGAUCAGUUGGUUGUCACUUUGAGGUUAGUGGUCACAAUCUUCAGUUGAUAUUUUCAGCAAUGCACAGCAAGGGAUGUAGAAGUUUCAGUUUUGUUGAGCGAACGAAAAUGUUUAGUCUUGAAGUUCAAGCUACUAAUAUGAAUUUUACAAAGUAAGGGACGGUUUGAGAGUUGGAAAUUCUGAAAUCCCAAGGAAAAGUCGUGUUAUUAUUUAUAUAAAGAACGACGUACAAUGAGAGCAAUGUUGCAAAUGGUGUGCAGAUUCUAGAAUCUCCUAUGCCAAUUGAUUCUCGUUGUCUGGUUUAAAUGGUUUUCCAGCAGAUUUUUUAUUCAUGUUUGGUCUCCAUGAGAAAGAAAUUUAUACUAAGAGAGCAAUGCUGUUCUGGAGUUAGGAAUGCAAGCAAAUGCAGAGCAUGGCCAGCAUCAAAACACCCGAGGACUUGAAGAACAUCCCCCCCCAACCCCAUCCUCUCCUCUCAUUUGAGGUUGUAAUUUUUUUCCUUCCUCAGAACCAUCAAAAAAAUGUUACCUGUAUCACGAUUGCAUCAGUCAAAAUACAGAGGAUGCGAGUACAGCUUCUAGAAUAAUUUACUAUUUUGUUAUUGUUUUGUAAAUGAAAGAAUCAGUAAAAACAUUGGUAUAAAAUGUUAUUCUUCAUCA